AGUUUUCUGCGCUACAUAAGACUCGAGCUUGGGAGUUUGUGCCUUUACCUCCUAGUAAACGCCCCAUUGGUUGUAAAUGAGUUUAUAAAAUCAAAACCCAAUCUGAUGGUUCUGUGAAAAGGUACAAGGGUAGAUUAGUGGCCAAGAGUUUUGCUCAAGAGUAUGGGCUUGACUAUGAUGAGACCUUUGCUCUAGUGGCUAAGAUGACCACGAUUCGCAUAGUAAUUGCUGUGACAGCUGUUCGUCAGUGGAGCCUAUCCCAGAUGGAUGUGAAAAAUGUCUUUCUUCAAGGUGAUUUGUUUGAAGAGGUCUAUAUAACUCCUCCUCUUGGGUUGCCCUGUAGUCCUGGUUAUGUAUGCAAACUUCACAAGGCUUUAUAUGGUCUUAAACAGGCCCUGAGGGCAUGGUUUGCAAAAUUUUCUUCGGUCAUCUAUGACUUAGGCUUCUGUGCUAGUGAUCAUGAUUCUGCUCUCUUCCUUCGAUCCACUUCUUCUGGUUUCAUACUUUUAUUACUUUAUGUGGAUGACAUGAUUAUUACAGGUGAUGACAAUGUUGGAGUUCAGUUGUUAAAAAUUCAGUUACAGGAUUAUUUUGAGAUGAAAGAUUUGGGUCCACUUCAAUAUUUCUUAGGGAUUGAGGUUUCUUCCUCUCCUAAGGGUUAUCUUCUUUCUCAGUCAAAAUAUGCUUCAGAUGUUAUUCAGCGAGCUGGCUUAACGGAUACUUGAACUGUUGACACAUCCUUGGAGCUUAAUGUUCGUUAUACUUCCUCUGAUGGUUCUCUUCUGCCUGAUCCUACUUUGUAUCGUACUAUUGUUGGGAGUUUGGUGUAUCUUACUGUUACUUGUCUAGAUAUUGCUCAUGCGGUUCAUGUGGUUAGUCAGUUUGUUGCUGCUCCUACCACACUUCACUGAUUUGCUGUUAUUCGGAUUCUUCGAUAUCUACGGGGUACGUUACAUCAGAGUUUAUUAUUUUCUUCUUCUUUGUCUCUGGAGCUCCGUGCUUACUCUGAUGAGGAC